CUUUUUAACUGGUGAACACACCCCACUUAGUAUUUGCUCGCUGUGUGAACUGAGUGCUGAACAUGGAGUUUCUGCCCAGCUGUAAACUGGAGCGAUCGAUAUUUCUGAUAUUACAGUCAGCAGGGCUGCUCUUUCUGGAUGUAGAAGCUGUGACAGAAGUUUUUAUAAGGUUGGGUGAAAUUGCAAAGCUGCCCUGUGAUGCUCCUUGCGUACCUAAAGUUCAGUACCGAGCUAUCAGCUGGUACAAGGUAGCUGAUGAUGGGUUCGGCUUAUCAGGAAUUGUACGAAGGGAUUUGAAAGAGAACAUUUCCUGGAAGUACCUGGGUUUCAAUGGAUCGGUUGAGGUAGCUUCUGCCAGUCCCUAUUCCUUGACUAUUCACAAUGUCUCCACUGAGGAUUUGGGAAGAUACCAUUGUUCCAUGUGGGCACCGCUUGGAGAGCAAAACAAGCAGGGAGAUGUGAGACUGCACAAAAUAGAUGAAUCCAACCAGUCUGACAGGAUAACCUGGAUUAUGCUGACGUUCAUUGCAGUAACAAUAUGCAUGCUUCUCAUUCUGUGCAUGCAUCUUGUGUACAGGAAACAUUCCAGAGCAAUGGAAACCUGUGCAUGACAAAUGAGGAAGAACAUGAAGAGCUACUCACAACCAUUUGGGGACAAAAUACAUGUUUAUACAUGUAUUUAAUGCUGAAGCACCGAUCGAUUGCAAUAUUGACAUGAGGCCUGAAGCCUAGUGCAAGUUCGGGUGUGGGCUACACUAAGUAGCAUUCAUAGAUCAGAAGUGCACAGAUUGAUGGGAUGAAAGGAUUUCUCACUCUGCCCACUCGGAAAGUUUGAAGUGAAAUGAAGUUGGACAGUUUCAACAUAGCUGCUAAUGGAUCCACAAUAUAACCAAUUUUCAACUUCUGUAGCGCACUAGGGAUGCCAAUGGAAAAUUGUGUAUUGCCAGGCCAUGAUCUUCCAACAUUUGAAGGGGAUACAGGACUCCCUACUCUGUGCUGGGAAGUGGAAAAUCUGGGCCAACAUACCCCUGAAUUAGCAAUCUCACUCAUGCAGUAAAUACCACAGAUUAGCUCAU